AUGUCCGGUCAAGGUAAUUUGACUCGUGAUGAAUUAUUUAAUGAUAUAUUUGGUUCAAGAAGACCAGAUGAAGAUCAACAAAACCAUCAAGAUUCAUUUGGGUUUGAAAAUACAGACGAUCGUCCAACUUUAGAUCCUGCUAAAUCUCCUCCUAUUCAACAAUUUCAAAAACAAUUAAAUAUUAAUGACGCUUAUGGACAACAACAACAACAACAGCAUUUUAGACCAUCAGGUCAAAAUCAAUUCCAUCAUCCACAAUCACAAGAUCCUUAUCUACGAUCUCAAAAUCAACCACAACCUCAAAAUUUACCACAUGGUCAACCUCAUCCACAACAUUAUCAACCACAAUUUACACAACAACAUUAUCAAGGACAAUCUCAACAAGUACAACAAAGACCUGGUCAAUCUGGUCAACAUCCACCUGGUCAAUUAUUACCUCCUCAUUCAAUACAGACUCAACAACCUCCACAAUCUCCAAGUCGUAAACCUCCUCCACAAUCUCCAAUAGGACCUCCAGAAACUGGUGGAUUAAACAUUUAUAAUAAUGAUUCAUCUUCAAUCCCCUCAGUGAAUAAUAAUAGUAAUAGACCUGGAAGAUUACAACCUAUAACAACAACUGAUCCUUCAAGUGCGCCAAUUUCUCAAAGAUAUCAACAAUCUCCAACAAUGUCAAAAUAUUCAACAAGAUCACCAAUUUUACAACAAGGUAUUAAUUUAUUAACAAGAAAUUCAAGAACUGUGACUUCACCUGAUUUAAUAUCAUCUUCAUCAUUUGGAAAUUCAAAUUCUAUACCUUCAAAUCAAUCUCAAUUCAAUCAUUCAAAUAAUCCUAAUUUCAAUAAUAAUAAUCAUAAUAACAUUCAACCUUUAAAUAAUUCAGGAAGAUCAAUGUCAUUAAAUUCAUCUUCUUUUAGAAAUUUAAUAAAUUCAGAUUCUCAAAGAAAAAAUUCAAGUGGUGGACGUUCAAUACAAAAAUCAGAUUUCACAAAUGGUAAUAAUAACAACAAUGGUUCAAAUCCUUCAUCAAAUUCAAAUUCAUCAUCAUCAUCAAGUUCAAUGGGUCUUGGAUUAAAAACAAGAAGUUUAUCAUCAAUAGCCAAGGCAAGAAGAGUUUCAUCAUCUGCUUCAUUAAGUUCUCAUAGAGUUUCAUCUUCAGCAAGUUUAUCAUCAAGAACUAUUGUAACAACAGCUUCAAGAUCUCCACAAGUUUAUCCUGCAAUGUUAUCUCGUGUUGCAACAUUAUUUAAAAAAAACAUUGUGUUGGCACAAUAUAAUAAAGAUGGUUUAGAAUACAGAGAUGCAUUCACUGGAUCAGAUGCAGUUGAUGUUAUAUCUCAUAUUAUUAGAACUACUGAUAGAAAUUUAGCUUUAUUAUUAGGUCGUGCCUUGGAUGCACAAAAAUUUUUCCAUGAUGUUACUUAUGAACAUCGAUUAAGAGAUUCAAAUCGUGAAGUUUAUCAAUUUGAUGAAGUUUUCUUAAAUGCUUCUUCAUCAACACCAAAUGGAUCUUCACAAAAUUUACAAAACAUUCAAGGUCAACCUCAUCAUGGACAUGUUGGUUCAAAUUUUGGUAUUGAUAGUAGAAAUGGUUCAUUUGUUAGUGAAUCAACAAUUGCUGCAACUCCUGGUUCUCCAAAUAUUGAUCAAGAUCAACAACAUUCUGUUAAUGGUGUUUUCACCUUAUUAACUGAAUGUUAUUCUCCAACAUGUACUAGGGAUGCAUUAUGUUAUUCAAUUGCAUGUCCAAGAAGAUUAGAACAACAAGCAAGAUUAAAUAUGAAACCUCAAGGUGGGCUAAAGAGAAAUGAAUCUCAUUUAUCAUUACACGAGGAGGAAGAAAAGAAACAAUUAUGGUCUCAUACUGUACCAAAAGAAAUGAUUCAAGCUAUGGAUAAAAAAGAAGUUAAACGUCAAGAAUUAAUUUAUGAAGUUGUUGCCACGGAACGUACAUUUGUUCGUAAUUUAGAAUAUCUAAGAGAUUUUUGGAUAAGACCCCUAAGAGAAUCAAAUAUAAUUCCUAUAAUCGAACGUGAAAAAUUUAUAAGAACUGUUUUUUUCAAUGUUAUUGAUAUUUUAAACGUUGCUAUAAGAUUUCGUGAUGCUUUAAUUAGAAGACAACAAUUAAAACCUGUUGUUGAAAACAUUGGUGAUAUUUUUUUAGAAUUUAUACCAUUUUUUGAACCUUUUGUCUCUUAUAACGCUGGUCAGUGUUUUGCCAAAUAUGAAUUAGAAAGACAAAAAGCUGCAAAUCCAUUAUUUGCAAGAUUUAUUGAAGAAACUGAAAGAUUACCAGAAUCUAAUAGAUUAAAUAUUAGUUCAUAUUUAUCACAGGCAACAACACGUACAGUUAGAUAUAAUUUAUUAUUAAAAGAUAUUAUUAAAUCUACAAAAGAAGAUUCAUUUGAUAAACCUGAUUUAUUAAAAGCUUCAGAUUUAAUUUUAAAAUUAUUAGAAAGAAUUAAUGUUAAAGUUGGUAAAGCUGAAGAUCGUCAUGCAUUAAUUUUAUUAAAACAAAGAUUAGUUUUCAGACCAGGUGAAUAUGUUGAUUUAAAACUUGGUUCAGAUCAACGUAAAAUUGUUUAUACUGCACCUUUAAAAAAAAGAAAUCAAGAUAAAGAUAAUCAAGGUGAUAUUCAAAUUUAUUUAAUGGAUCAUUUAUUAUUAUUUGUUCGUGUUAAAGUUAUUAAUAAAAGAGAACAACAUAAAGUUUAUCAACGUCCAAUUCCAUUACCUUUAUUAUAUUUAAGUGCAUCUGAAGAAAUGCCAUCAUUAAGACCAUAUACAAGAAAAUCUGGUGCAUAUGCACACGUUAUUCAUCAUCCUUCUAAAAAUGAUACAAAAUUUCCAAUAUCAUUUGCUUAUAUUGGUCGUAGAGGUUAUGAAUUAACUUUAUAUGGUGCAACAAAUAGUGCACAAGAAUCAUUAAUUUCAAUAAUUGAACAACAACAAAAUAAAAUUAGAGAAAAGAAUGAUAUUUUCACUUUGACUCCAUUAGCUGAAAGAUUUUUUGAUAUUUCUAAUAGAAUUAAUUGUCUUGCCCCAUGUGAUGGUGGUAGAAGAUUAUUAUAUGGUACAGAUUCUGGUGUUUUCAUGAGUGAAAUUAAAACUAGAGGUUCAACCCGGGUUGUUUCAAAACCAGUUCGUAUUGUAUCAAAAGUUAAUGUUACACAAUUGGAAGUUUUAGAAGAAUAUCAAACAUUAUUAGUUUUAGCUGAUAAAAAAUUAUAUGCAUGGCCAUUAGAAUUAUUAAUUGUUCAAGAUAAAAAAACUGGUAAAGAAUUAAUGUCACAUGUUUCAUUUUUUAAAGUUGGUGUUUGUGGUGGUAAAAUCCUUGUUGUUGCAGCAAAAUCUGAUUUAAUUAGAGUUUUUGAACCAACUGAUCCAUUCUCAAAGAAAAUGUCUAAAAAGAAAUUUAAAAAUGAAACAAGAGAGUUCCAUUUUAAUUCUGAACCUGUUUCAAUAUCUUUCUUGAAGACAAGAUUAAUUGUUGGUUGUACAAAAGGUUUUGAAAUUGUUUCAUUAAAUGAUGGAAAUAUUGAAGCUAUAUUAGAUCCUGCAGAUACUUCAUUAGAUUUUAUUAUUAAUAAAGAAGGAUUAAAACCUUUAGCAAUUCAUAGAAUUAGUUCAAAUUUUCUUUUAUCAUAUUCAGAUUGUUCAUUUUUUAUAAAUAAAAAUGGAUGGAGAACAAGAUAUGAUUUUAUGAUUAAUUGGGAAGGUAUACCACAAAAUUUUGCAUUGUGGUAUCCAUAUUUAUUAGCAUUUGAAUCAAAUUUUAUUGAAAUUCGUCAUGUUGAAACUGGAGAAUUAUUAAGAGUUAUAAUUGGAGAAAAUAUUCGUUUGUUGCAUACAGGUUCACAAGAAAUUUUAUAUGCUUAUGAAGAUGAACGUGGUUAUGAUGUUGUUGCAUCAUUAGAUUUUUGGGAUAAAACAAAUAAAAAGGAGACAAGUGAUGGUACUGUUAAUCAAUCAAAAAUUAUAAAUACAAAUGAAUCUUUAUCAUCAGGUAAUAAUACAUUAACAGAGAUUAAAGAAGUUGAUGAAGGGAAAAGAAAACAAUGA